UCUGCGGGCCAUGGCGGCGGCGACGGCGGCGGGGCUGAGCCCCCGGGAGCAAGCCGGCUGCCGGGAGCUCCUGGAGUUCCUGGAGACCGCCGAGCUGGCGGCGCUGACGGACACGGUCACCAACCGCCUGGUGCACCCGGAGAGCCGCCAAGAAGCCAUUCAUGCCAUUUUGGUUUACAGCCAAAAUGUAGAUGAACUUUUGAAACGCCGCAAAGUCUAUCGAGAAAUAAUUUUUAAGUAUUUGGCAGCACAUGGAGUUCCAGUGCCUCCUUCUGCUGAGAAAAAUGUACUCAUUGAUCAUGUAAAGCAGUACUGGAGUGGGAAGCUCACACCAUGUGCCUCAGAGUCAGAGGAGAAAAAACCACAAGCAGAGAGUCACGGAGAGAGAAAAAAGUCACCACAAAAUGACAUUCAUCUUCUAGGAGAAGAAUUCUGUCAAUGGUUCUUUGAACUCCUGAAUUCUCAGCAUCCUUUGGGAGUAAAAUCUGAAGGAGGAUGGGGACCACAGCAUUUUUGGGAGGAUGCCAAAAUGAAAUUCUGUUACAACACAUUAGAAAAAAACAUGGAAGAAUAUAUUGGUGCAGAAAUGGUGAGCCUUCGUCUCCUGUCUUUGGUUAAAGAAGAGUGUCUUCUAUUCAAUCCUAAUUUGCGUGCCAAUGGACUGAAGUGCGUUAUGUCUCCACAUGGGUUAGUACUGAUAGCAGUGGCUGGUACAGUACAUAGAGAAAACUCUUGUUUGGGCAUCUUUGAACAAAUUUUUGGACUCAUUAGCUGUCCUGUUAGGGGAAGCACCUGGAAAAUAAAAGUUGUGAAUCUUAAAAUAGUUGGACAGAACGCUCUGGAGCCUGGGAUGCAAAUUGAAAGACCCUCCAUUAAAUACGACUCAAAUCAACUGCAAGAAUUGUAUGAUGGGAAAGAACUGACUGUGCUUGAACCUCAGAAAUUCUGAGCAAUCACAACUGAUUGACAGGGUGAGGGGGAAACAUGCAGCACUUGUAGUGCAUAGUUGAAUAUUGAAAUGGUUACAGCCAUGUCAUGUCUCUUUUUUGAGUCAGAUUUGCUGGAUGACAAACUGAGAUGCAGAGUCUAAAGUAUGAAUACGGGUUUUGCUUUUUCGGCAUCUUUCCAAGAGCUACCAAAUAUUUCAGAGCAUUACCUUAGAUUUUGUACUGUAGUUCAGAAGGGAGUUAGUUUGGUUUUUCUUGGGUACAAUUUAAAUAAGAGUUGGCAGUAAGGAAGUAAAUGACUUGAGGUUCACAAACUGCAGGUUGCUUCUCUUCAGGUUACCAGUUUAAACAGGAAGUUAUUGCUUCUGGCUUUUUGAAAUUGGGAUUGGUGAGUGUCUAAAUGGACAUCUAAGUCCCAAGAAAACCAUGUGCCCCUUUAGGAAUUUUUGGAGCCAACAGACAAAAUAAUGUGAAUAGAGACUGCUGCCAUUUAUGUUCUAAAUGUGAUUCCUCACUGAGCAAUUAGAAGUAGUUUAAGGGGACAAUGCAUCGUUGAAGUCUUUAUUUUCUUUGGGUUAAUAGUUUCCUUUCCUUUUACUUCAUAGUGCCCACUUUGCAAUGAAUAGAAACUGUGGUUCGGUCUGUGUAGCAAGCAGACAAAUUUGAGAUGGUUGCCCAGGCAUCCAUUUCUAGCACUAACUCUUGGAUCAAGUAGUUGAUUUCAUUACUUACAGCAGCACUAUAUGAACCAAAUGCUUUGAUAAUUAUUUUGUAUAUACUUAAAACAGAGUUAUUAAUAUAAUAUUUGUGAUUUUUGUAUGUUUUCUCAAAACAAUAAUUUUAUCUACUCUGAGCUACUUUUAUUACAUUGACUAGAAGUCAGUUUUACACUGGGCAGUUACAAGGUGUUAUUAAAUAAAUCCAGUUACUGCUUAAUAACUGGAAUUACUGCCAUUGCAGAAUUUGAUUUUUUUUUUUACUUUUUUAUGUUUGUUUGUUUUAAGGGAUCAGAGGUGAAAUUAGGUGAAAACUCCUUUUUUCCACAGCUUCCUUGGAUUGUUAGCUAGUUUUGUUUUAAUUUUACUGCUUCACCAAUACACGUGAAAAUGGAAACAUUCCCAUGACAUAGGAACACCUCUUUUGGUUUGAUGUGUUUGUCAAAGACAAAAAGUGGUAAAAUAAUGGGUGUGUGAGGAGAAGCAAGAAGAUUCAUGUAUGCAUAAAACUGAUUUUUACAAAAAGUCUGAAUUAUCAAAUUAUCUUUACAAUUUCUAAAAUAAUGUAUUUUCUAAGCAAAAGUUCAAAUAUGGUAUUGGAAUGUUCUUUCCCAAUAAACGGUUGAGUUGUGGCUUCUUCAGCUAUUGGUGUAUAAUAAAUAAAAUUAACCAGAAUUUAAAAUUCAGAA